UUGGCCGUUUUGUUAUCUUAUAAUUAAUUAGUUUUUUGUUUGGUAUAUAUUAGGAGACAUCAGAUGUGCUCAACAGAUGUCUGGCGAUAAUUAGCGGUCAGCCGUCGGCCACCGCCGCACCCGAUAUUGAAGCCAAACGCGUGGAAUACAUGGCCAGAGCCCACACACUGUUGGACGGACUCACGAAAAAGGAGACAAAACCGGCGAACGAAGUGUCGGACAGUGAGGAGAGGUCACAGCUAUUACGGGCCGAGUGUCUGAUGCGGGAGGCGUUAGACGAGGACCGGGAGGACAACCGCGAGGAAGCGCUCGAACUCUACACACAAGCGAUAACGCUCUGCAUUGAAGCCGUGAAUAAUUAA